AUGAAAAAUUAUGGUCUAGGAAAUGUUGAUGAACCUCAAAGAAUAUUUCAAACAUCAAGUUGGCAUUCAUAUUUAUAUCUGCUAAGUAUACUUUGCGUCAAAUGUUUCCGAUGCGACAGCACGUUUCUAGCAUUGCUGAAAGUUUUAAGGAAAUUAAGCAUAAGAAAUGAGGCUUACAUGGCGUUAUUAAUGAAGGAACUUUAA